UCCUUUUCCCGAAAGGAUGGAUGAAAAUUUUACGCGACCGCGAUCCGGGAUCCGUACAGUCGGUUUUCUUUGGGUUAUCGAAAUGUUUUGAAUUUGGCCCAAGUGUGAUGGACACCUUUUCUUGAGGAAUUUGGAUUUGAUAGUAGCUUUUCUGGGGGAACCUUUCCGUGGAAUUGUAAGAUAGUGAGGUUCUCGGUUCCGCGAGGGUCUUGAAGUAUUUGGUCGAUUAGCGUACGCGCGCCGUCGGAAAAUUGCGUUGAUGCGUAUGAUUUAUUUGCGGUCUGCAGGAGAUUUUCGUGCGGAAAAGCCCAUCGAGCUCUCGACACAAAGAGAAAUAUCAGUGAAUUGCGUUUGAACAUCAAAGAUUGUGUUGAAAUUUGGCGAAAAGAUUACGCAAAGUAGAUCUAAGUGAAAUUCCUGAUAAAUAUAAAUUCGAACCAGAUUCAUUCAGUAGUAGUGAAUAAAAGUAGUGAAGUUAGUGUGAUACCAUCUGUUUCCUGUAAAUUUCACGAUGAAUUCUUUACGUUGCUGGAACACCGCUGCCGCCAUUCAGCGAGAAGGCAAAUGACGACGACGAAGACAUUGAGCUUUUUCCGAUGAAUGGAAAUCUUCCGGAGCGCAUCUUUAUCGCCAGCCAGUCAGCCAGCUAGCCCAAAGACGCCUUUCGACCGGGUAGUUUUUGUUUUGGACAAAAUCAGCCCGCCCGAGUUGUUGGUCAGAGCAAACAAAAAACAAACCGUGAAAAGAUCUUUCCGUUGAAGAAAAACUGAUUCCGAGCUUUUUGCUGCUUGAUGCUCUGGGAAAUUCAGAAACACAAACACAAGGCUGGGGCACUAGCAGAAGGGGAGAAGUUUGAAGAAGUCGUCGAGGAGGGAAAGUCAGUUCUAUAAUAACAUGGAAAACAUUUUGAUGAUCUGACUUGAGGAAAGUUUUCCGGUCUCUAGCAGACGGAUUUUCGAGGAGCGAAUUGCUACAACAACAAAAAAAAAACCAACAACAGCCAAAUGAAACGGAAUUCUCAUUCGUGGAAGAAACCUGAAAGCUGAAAACAUACCCAGGAACUGGAACCAUCCCUGGUUUUUGAGAAUUGUCAAACUUGUCUGGAACAGGCGUUUUUUGGGCAGAGGACAUUUCUACCUACCAGCGGAUGAUCGGAUUAGUUUGGGGGACACUUUCAAGGAGGGUUUUUCUCAUUCUUUCCGGUAAGCUUAAAAAUGGCACCGGAGAUUCAACAGAAAAUGCUUGAUAUAAACUAUCCGUGGGUUUUUCUCUGAUCCUGGCUGGAAAAGAAGACCUAAUCCCAGAAAGAGAAAAAACUAACCAUUUCCACAAAAGCCGAGAAGAGCUGCCAUGAAUUUGCAAAACUGGAUCGUAGGCAAAAAUAUGCGUACGUCGUCGCCUUCAUCUAACACGAAAGCGAAAAACUGCUCAUAAAUAGUUUACGAUUCGUUAUCCACUGAAAAGUUCAAGUAGAUCUCGACGAAAAAUAGAGCGCAGAAAAAACUAAUCCCGGAAAAAAGGCGUCGUGGUGGAUUUCCGCCCCGGAGAAAAUUGAGUGCGUUCUUGUUGGAGCAUAGAGGAAGAAAAAAAAAGUUAAAACCCUCGACUGAAUUCAAUUUAGUCGGAAUUCGAAGUUAAUUGAGUGUUACCAAAAGGGGGACGGGGGAAAAAUUCAUUGCCAAGUGUAUCUCAUCCGUGUAAGGGCAUUUGUGUGAAUAUGGCUGCCGGCGAAUGGUGGAAUGUGUUAUAAAAUCCUUUUUAUUUUAUCCACCCUUCUUGGAGCAGAAAGAGCCCCGGAAAAAAGAUCCGGUGUUUUACUAAGGCGGCACUGAUAGGGUGAAAAAGAAGAAAAAAGAGUAUCACUCUGCCAGAGCUCAUGUAAAAGAUAGUGGAAAUUUUUGGGCCCUGCUGCGGGAAAGUUUCACAAUUUUGUAUCGCCGACGCGCGCCGUGUGACGUGAUAUGAAUAUCUGGCUCUCGGAUCUAGAAGCAGAAUCAGUAGCGACCGGCAUCAGCAAAAUAAACGACGACAAAGGCUGUGACUGGUGAAUUUUUGCCCACUUUUUAGCAAUGUCUUCCCGUGCGCGCAACAAGACAAGCUGUAUGGAUUACGUGAGCCUCGGGUGUUGUACUCUGGCCUUUGGCCUGUACGUCAACACGCUAAGCGCUGGAUUCGUUUACGAUGACAGACGCGCUAUCCUGGGCAAUCCGGACGUCCUCAGCUCGACCAGUUGGUAUCAGAUGCUGCAGAAUGACUUCUGGGGCACACCGCUGACCGAUUCCGGAUCUCACGGUUCCUACCGGCCCCUGUGCGUGGCCAGCUUCAAGCUCAACCACCUGCUUGAUGGCUUCAAACCGCUCGGGUAUCACCUGGUCAAUGUGCUGCUGCACUGUCUGGCCACGGUUCUGGUGGUUCGACUCGGGCGGCACAUAAUCCCAUCCCGGAACGGGGGACCGGCGAUGGCCGGAUUGCUCUUUGCGGCCCACCCCAUUCACACCGAGGCGGUUGCCGGCGUCGUUGGCCGAGCUGACCUCACGGCCUGCGUCCUCUAUCUGCUGGCCCUGCUUGCCUACAUCCGGCACAUUCACUGGCGGCAGCAACAUCAGGCCGAUCUGCGCCACUGGUUGGCCCUCGGUUGUUCCGUUCUGCUGGCGGCGGCUGCUGUCCUCUGCAAAGAAACUGCCGUGACAGCUUUAGUGGUCUGUGCAAUUUAUGACAUCAUAAAAGGAUACGCCGGUUCCCGAGAUAAGCACCGCUUCCGAAGCGUCGGCAUUCUGAUGGUGGCUCUGGCAACCAUCGUUCAUCUGCGAUUCUCGUUACCGCGGCCGACGGUUCCAUUCAGCUCCGCAGACAAUCCAACUGCCAAAACCGGUUCCAUCUGGACCCGGCUGUUGACCUUCUCGUACCUGCCCGUGUUCAACUUCCGGCUGCUGCUGUAUCCGGAUGUGCUCAGCUUCGACUGGGGCAUGGACGCGAUUCCGCGAAUCAGUUCGAUGUUCGAUGCGAAGAAUCUGCUGGUGGUCUCCUUCUACGGAUUGCUUGGGAGGGCAGUUUGGAUCAACUGGCGAACGCUGAUGAGGCAAAGCUUGCCUGCCACUGUAAAUAGUAGUAGCUUCAAUAGAAAACUAGCUAGCAAACUUGCGUUGGCCCGAUCCCGGCAACAACAGCAACAACAACAACAAGGGGAAGGCGAGAAGAUUCCGGUGGAGGACUCUUGCGGCUACUGUAAGCACGAGUUUGGACUCCGUCAUACGAACCAGUGCCGGGCUUUGCACAACAACAACAACAUGUCUUCGAUCAUCUGCGGAUGUGUGUAUCCAUCGUGUAAAUAUUUGUCACUGUCGCCUUCAGCUUUAUCGAACUUUAUCCACCGGAUAGAACAGCCGGACCAAAAGAUGCAGCAAAACGGUGGUUCCUAUUGGCACAAGAAGCACUGCUGGACCCGAGAUAAGCACAAUUCAACAUCGCCGACGACGACGACGAAUGGCUUCAGUAGUGACCACUUACCGUUUACCUUAUCGACGGAUUCGGCUUCAAGUAGGACGUCAUCUUCAUCAUCGUCUUCGACUUCGUCCUACUCGUCGGCUUCCUCAUCGUCAGCAUCCUCGACCUCAUCCGUGUCGUCCCAGAGCCUGACUGAAGACGACUCACUGACCAAAUCCAACUGUUCUGCGGCAAUCCUUAUCUCCAUAUCCCUCCUGACGCUUCCCUUCCUUCCGGCGACCAAUAUCUUGUUCUACGUUGGCUUUGUGGUGGCCGAACGUAUUCUUUACCUCCCGAGUGUGGGCUAUUGUCUUCUGAUUGGUUUGGGUGUGAGUAAACUCAUCGACGGAACGUACCGUUCUUCCUCCGGUGCAGGAGCUCGCUCCCAUAGUAGUGUUAGUGCCAACAAGAGCGCCGGCUUGCGGUCCAAAGGCAGUCGGCAGCCAAGUUUCCACGGAAGUGUGGGGAUGAUGAUGGGUGGUGGGGGCUUCAAUGACGGUGAUAGAUAUAAGUACACCGGUCAAAGUGCGAAACAUCAUAAAAGUCAUUCCGCUUCAUCGGCACCGGCAGUGUUGAUGGUAUCUUCGUCGAACGGAGCGACAGCCAAUGGGAUUGGGGGCCGGAAAAGUGCCAAAAGCCGAUCAGAGCGGGAUGCAAAGUGGGUGGGUACCAGUGAUUAUCAACGGCGUAAGCGACAAAUCAUUCUGCUGGGUUUCUGUGCCCUGCUGCUGGCCUACAGUGGGAAAACCUGGCUGCGCAACCGGGACUGGCAGGAUGAGGAGAGUCUGUUCCGGAGCGCAAUUGGCGUCAAUCCACCGAAAGCUCUCGGAAAUCUAGGAAGUGUCCUUAGCGCGCAGGGUCGCAACCAGGAGGCCAAGGAAGCCUUGAAGGCUGCCCUCAGCUACCGCCCUAACAUGGCGGAUGUACAUUACAAUCUAGGAAUAUUACUACAAAAUCAACAAGACUACGCCGAAGCAGUGGAGAGCUUCAGGAAAGCGAUCCAAUUCCGACCAUCUUUGGCACUGGCCUAUCUGAACCUAGGCACCUCGUUGAUUGCCCUUGGCCGGUGCCAGGAAGCGGUCACCGUACUCCGCGAGGGCUCCAAACUGGACGGGGCAGGAUUACGCGAUCGGGCAGCCCACGAUAAUGCCCGGAUCAGUGCGUUGCUGCAGCUCGGAAAUCUGUACGCCGAACAGGGCAAGCUGCAGCGGGCACUGGCAGUGUACCGGGAGGCGUUGCACAUACUGCCCGAUCGCUAUCCUCCUCAGGGUAUCUAUCAUCGGCUGGGUGACGUUUUUGCCCGACUCAACCAGUGGUCCGAAGCAGAGCGAUUUCAGCGGGCAGCCCUGGAGGCCCAGCCGGAUCACAUCGAGGCUCAUCUGUCCUACGGAUCGAUGCUGGCACGAAAUAGCAGUCGAACGUCGGAAGCUGAGCAGUGGUUUAGGCGAGCCCUCCGGUUGGCCCCAGCAGAUGCCAGCGUACAUCAUCACUACGCUGAAUUCUUGUCAACGGUUCGGCGCACAUCGGAAGCCUGCCAGUAUCGGGUGAAGGCAACGGAGCUGGCCCCUGAAGAUUACUCGCUGGUGACGGCCGCAGCUUCCUGCCUUCGUCUGCUGGACCGAAAGACCGAAGCCGAGAAGUGGUACCGACAGGCAGUCCAACUGCGACCUGACGAUGCUCGGGCCCACACUAAUCUCGGAGCCAUCCUGCAUCUGCUGGGACGAUCUCAAGAGGCAGCCAUCAGCUACAAGGAGGCACUCCGAUUGCAACCGAAUGAUUUGACAACCCUAACCAAUCUAGCCAAACUGGGAAGCCCGGAAACUUUCUCCUGAGAGCGACCAAAACCGAAGAAGAAGAAGGCACAUGAACAGUACAACGACGAGGACGAUCUGAGCUAGCUGAUUGGCUGGACAGGAAACCAAAAUGGCCAAAUAUGAGAUGAGCAAAUCUCUUGCAAGUGUAUAGCCUAAGUUGAUUGUGAAUAGUAUUUUGUACUUUAUGAAAAAAAAACUUUAACAAUAAUCAGAAGUAUACACCCAGAAAAAUACUAUUAUGUAUGCCAUAAGAUUCUCUUAUGAAGUGGCGCCAUAAGAAAAAUUUAUGAAAUUCAUAAGAUUGUCUUAUGACGCGAAUGAAUUCUGAAGAUGAACGCCUACUUCAAUGAGAGGUGGUUGCUUUUCAUAAGAGAUUCUUAUGGAAACAGUAAAUCACUUUCUAAUAAGAAAAAUUCUCGAUAUUUCAUGCUGAAAACAUUCACUUUAUUGUUUGGCAAAUUCGUUUAAAAUUAAAUCCUUCAUUAUCACCAUCAGCAGCGCAUCAACAGACGGCUCCAUCAAAGUUUUUUUUGCCGCAUCUUAAUCCUCGACCUUUCGUUUUUUGAAGAUCAGCUUGCUGAAAAGUAAACAAAUAAUGUAUUUUAGUUUACUAAUAUAUUCAACGUUCACACCAAAAACAUCAAAUCGAACUCACCAUUCCGGAGAUAACAAUAACAUUUAACAUUGAAGGAAAACUAUAAUAACUAUGAACUGGCGAUUGCUUCGUACUGUUAGAUGAUGAAAGUAAAAACUAAUCCUAUGAAUGAAUGUGUUCAUCAUUUUUUCACAAUGCCGUUUCUUCUAUUUUUCAUAAGAACAUCGUAUGAAAAUUGAAAGAAUUUCAUAAGACUCUUAUGAAAAAUUAGUUUGGACGCAAAAAAGUGGUUCAUAAGAUGUAUCUUAUGAAAUUUAUAAUAAGAUUUCCUCUGAGUGUAUAUAAACUCUGUAAAUAUGCAAAUAACUAAGAAAAACUCUAAACCAAAAGCGAAUUGACAAACUGAAAGGAUCAUAGCUAGUACAAGUAUGCAUAAAAAUAGAAAAAAAAGGAUAUUGACAAUUUUGUACUUAAGAAGCAUAUGGAAUAGAUAUCGUUAAUUACCCUGCAGCAAGGGACUAAUCAAAAACAGCAGACUUAUAAGAAAGAGAUCCAACACAAGGUGACAAAUUAGCUAGCCUAAGCAACUGUACGCUAGACAAAGUAUAACAAAAUUAUCAAAGAGAAAAAACAAAGACAGAGAGAAAGAGAUUAUAAUAGAGAAAUCCAUAGGACAAAUAUUGUAAUGUAAAGGGCUUUUCCGGCAAACGAUUGUUAAGUUUGGACAGAACGGAUGAUUUGCUAGUGAAAUUAAGUGAAUUGAAUUUUGUACUUCGUUGAUGAAAAGUUAAACGAUUGCUCUAGGUUUGACAGCCCGAUGUAAAUAAAGCUCCAAGGCAAAAUACGUUAGGAGUAGGUCGCUAUUAUGGAUCUGAUCACUCAGAAUUGUAUACAGAAAAUAUUUAAAGUUUAUUCUCGGAAAAUUACUGGCCAAACCUAAAAGAAAGAUGCGUUCAUUGUCAUUAUGCUAUUAUUUCUGGUAAACAGGCCAUUAUGCACGUAUCUGACCAUAACAGUUGCAAAUGAAGAGGAAUUAUAUUUAAAUUACUUUAAUUUUAUUGACAAACAGUAAAAAAACAGCAGAGGGCAGCCACAUGAUUGUACGUCUGUGUAUGUGUGCAAAAGUGUGAAUGAAACGAAUGUACGAGUAAAAGCAAAAAGAGUGGCUGACACAAUAAUCGAAUUCAGUUUAUUAACAUCUCACACGUACAGGCAACCCAUACAUUCUCGGGCUCAUAAAACAAAACAGUCGAUUUCAGAAGAAAUGUUGCCAUUGUUGCAAAGCCGAAAAAAAUCAAUGAGCGCUGCCAGAAUUAAAUGGGGAAAAAAUCGAAGCCGGAAAUAUUGAAAAUCACACACAUCCAAUCACAAACAAUCACAAUCCACAGAUAGACCCAGAAAUAAAAUUCAGCAACACAUCUACUAACAAAACCGGAAACCGAACAGAACAAAAACCGAGAGACAAAACCAGAGAAAACAAAUCUGUUCACAUUUCAUGAUGCUCUAUACAUUUUCUGAAUAAAACAAGUUUGUUAAUAAAAAUGAAUAAAA